AUGCAAUCUAAUGCAAAACGCCGAUUCGUGGAUGCGUAUUUGAAUGAAGUGGGAGAUAUGAGGAAUGCGGUGAGUCGUUUGCAGUUGUAUGAAAUCGCAAUAGCCGCUGGCAAAGAUUUGUUGAUAUCUGACUUGGGACCUACAGACUGCUAUCAAUUCGAUAAAGCAUAUGAAGUUUUUGAACUGUUACCUGCGACAAAUUUCUUGGAAAUAAUGAAACAGAGCAGUAAUUGUAUUGAUGAAAUCGAGUGGAAUCAGCAGUUUAUUGAAUUAAAAGAAUUAGCUAAUUCAUUGAAUGAGGUUGGAGAAUUGAAUGUGGAUGAAAUAAACGUAGUGUUGCAUUUCUUGGAAUCAUUUGCAAAUUAUGGGAAAAUUGAUUGCAAAGAGCUUUUUGGUGAAUUCGAGAAAACUCGAAACAGACUGCUUGAUGUCGUCGCACAGGAAUUCAUCAGCAAACAAGUCGCAAUUCCAAAAAAAUUCACAGGACUAAAGGAGUUACAAUGCAGAUUACCUGAAAGUGUGAAACUUCAACAGUUAAACGGUUUAACACCUAUGUUCAGCUCGCAGGUCACUCGACGAGCAUUUCGCGUAAUGAAUGAUGAUGAUCGCAUUUUAAACUAUCAUCUCAUUCUUAAUCAAUCACAGAUUGUUUUCAUUAUGUGUGAAUUAAUGACAAGCAAUGAUCAGCCAGUGGAUCGGAAUUAUAAAAAUGACAUAUACGUUAUACUCUAUGAUACUGUUGAAGAGCGAGUAAUUACACUUACAACGAAGAUCCUAGAAAAUAAAUAUCUAAGUGAAGAAUGCCUCUUGAAAGCAGGCGAAUAUAUAAUCAGUGUUCAAUCGUCACAUUGUUUGGAGAACGUUAUGAAUUCCACAAGCUAUGAAAUGAAGUUGCUGGACUCUGAUGGGAAAUUAACAAAGCAUUUCAAGAUGACACUGAUGAAUAUGUUUGAUCUGUUCGAUUUCGAUGAAAACGGUAAAUUAAGUCGAGAGGAAUUUGACAUAUACAAUACACUGGCUAGUGAUGAGCAUGUUCUUGAUCAGGAAUGGGAAAUACUUUGUCAAAAUUUUGGAGCUGAAGAUGGUGAAUUGCUGCUAAAUUCUUUUGUCGCACUUCAUCAGGUAGAGGCAGAUAAUGAUCCAUCAUUAGAAGACACCUGGAUGACAUUGAUGUGCGUUGGGUAUAACGAACAGUUGGAUCUGAUAAAUAACUGUCUGUGCGCAUUCACAAUCUUUUCCGAAUCGAUUGUUUAUAUGGGACGGGUAGAGUUACGUGAACCUACGACAAAUGAGAAUGUGGCGUUAGCUGAUUAUUUCUGGAGAAACGGUCAGGAGGUUGGUGGUGACGUCGAUGUACGCAUUUGGAAAUGUGACUAUUUUGCUGUUUGUAUAGCUGGUCCAAUGAAGCUACCUUAUGCUAUGAAUCUUUAUUAUGGAAAUUCGAAAAAUGUAUUGGUAAAAGAACUAACGGAUCUUCGAAGAAUACCCUUGAAAUUCAUCAAACCUAAGAUACUACUUCAAGCAAUUGCAACAGAAUCGGAUUGGUCAUUGACUUUCACAGUCGAAACAACGAUCUAA